AAUGGGCAUGUUCUUCAAAGGAUGAAGGUUUUGGAAAGGUGGGGGGUCUGGAUCUUCCUGCUUGCAUAAACAUUGAACAAGUUUGGGCCCAUGUACUUAGAUUCACAAAGCUCAUGUUUCUCAAGCUUUUGAGAAAGUAACACAGAUAGAGGUUUUGGUUGGGUUUGCUGUGAACAAACAUAGACAAAGAGUGGAAUCGAAAGAAUGAAGAAAAUGCUUGAUUUUGGACAAAGCUCGAGUAUCUUCAAGGUAGAGAGAGAGAGAGAGAGAGAGAGAGAGAGAGAGAGAAUAAAUUUGCUAAAUUGCUAAUGCUUCUGUUGGGCAGCCAUAAUCAGAUAGACACACAAGCAAUUUUCCGAAAUGAAUUGAUUUCCUUUGUGCGAGAGGGUGUGCAAAAUAGAGGAGCUCCUUGGUAGCCGAACUCUUUUUCUAAAGUUAUAUAAACGACAUCAUUCAAUAUGGUGUAGCAUAGCAGAAGCGUAUGAUUUCAGUUCCGUGAGAGAGCGUUCAUAGAGCAGAAGCAGCGGUAGAAGAAGAAGAAGAAGAAGAAGAAGAAGAAGAAGAGAUAUGAACGCUCCCGACCGCUAUGAACGUUUCGUCGUCCCUGAAGGCACCAAAAAGGUGUCGUACGAGAGGGACACGAAGAUAAUCAACGCUGCGUCGUUCACCGUCGAGAGAGAGGACCACACAAUCGGCAACAUUCUUCGCAUGCAAUUGCAUAGGGACCCGAAUGUUUUAUUCGCUGGGUACAAGCUUCCUCACCCCCUUCAGUAUAAAAUCAUUGUUAGGAUACACACCACAAGCCAGUCAUCACCAAUGCAGGCGUAUAACCAGGCUAUCAAUGAUAUUGACAAGGAACUUGAUCAUUUGAAGAAUGCUUUCGAGACUGAGUUGGCAAAGCAUUCAAGAGAGUACUAAUAUGCUUUGAAGGCAAGCAAAGGAUCAGCGUGUUCAAUGUUCACGUUUAGGAUGCUUCUUCUCAAUUGGAAUUUUACAGGAAUUUUGUAAUGAAUUUGAUCUUGUGUAAUGUAAUGGAUUAAUGAACUUCUAUGCCCAGCCCUUGAAGUAAAUUGCAGAAUUAACUGGACCAUAUGGAUCUUUGUAUGAAUCGACAUUCGACUUACCCUUUCUGGGUUUCAUUCGCAAGCAGCCCCACUGAUUUAGUU